GCGUGUCCGCAUGGAUGGACACGCCCACUAUCAAAAUUUAUACAUGUGGCAGUGGUAUUGGAUAUUGUACUAAGAUCUACAGGACUUCUUUUGAUUACUGCAUCAUCCCAGAGCCAUCAUGAGUGAGAGGUACUCCUUCAGUUUGACUACCUUCAGUCCAUCGGGUAAACUGGUGCAGAUUGAGUACGCCCUUCAAGCAGUGGCAGCUGGUGCUCCCUCGGUCGGUAUUAAGGCCAAAAAUGGAGUGGUCAUUGCCGUGGAGAAGAAGCAGAAGAGUGUUCUCUAUGACGAGAGUACGAUAAGAAAGAUUGAGGUGAUCAGUGAUCAUAUUGGAAUGGUGUACAGUGGUAUGGGACCAGACUUUAGGUUGCUGGUCCAGAGGGCUAGACGCAUAGCUCAACAAUACAAGCUGGUGUAUAAGGAGUCCAUUCCCGUCUCACAGCUCGUGCACAAGGUCGCCACCGUCAUGCAAGAGUACACACAGUCAGGAGGAGUGCGUCCGUUUGGUGUGUCGCUGCUGAUCGUGGGUUAUGAUGAGGAGACCCCCUACCUCUACCAGUGUGACCCUUCGGGUGCGUACUUUGCGUGGAAAGCUACAGCAAUGGGCAAGAACUAUAUCAAUGGCAAAACGUUCCUUGAGAAGAGGUACGGAGACGACCUGGGGCUUGAAGAUGCCGUACACACAGCUGUUCUUACACUGAAGGAGGGUUUUGAUGGCCAAAUGACUGAAGACAAUAUAGAGAUCGGGGUCUGUGAUUUGAAUGGCUUCAGGAGAUUGGAACCUUCAGAUGUCAAGGACUAUCUAGCAGCUGUAUUGUAACUGUGUAGUAUUUAAACUCUUAAUAUUGUUAUGGUACCUGCUGACUGCUUUAAUAAACUGUUCUUCUAAUGCUUUAAUAAUGGUUUACCGUUACAUA